AUGGCAAAACGAGCAUCCUCUUCUGCAGGCAGCAAGACGAGGAAUUCUACCAAAGCUGCGCCAGCAGAAAAUGAUCCAAAAAAGGAAGUUAAGAAAGCUGUGAAGAGAAAGCAAGAGCCUGAUGAAGUAGUUCCAGUAAAGUCUAAGAAACCAAGCAAAGAGAUCCCAGAAUCUGAGGACUCAGCUAAAAGUGUUAAAAAUGGUGAAGAUAAGAAACUGUCCACAACCGGUGAUUUCAUUGAGAAGAUCAUUCAGAAAAGAGCAGCAGUUUGUGAGAGUGUGGCCAAGUUUAAGUUCAAUAAGAAACGGGUUCGAGUGAUAACAGACAUGGAAGAGUUCUCUCUAAGCUCCAACGGCGUUCUGUACUGGAUGUCUCGUGAUCAAAGAGUGCAAGAUAACUGGGCCUUUUUAUAUGCUCAGCGGCUGGCGCUAAAAUUAGAGGCACCUCUCCACGUCUGCUUUUGUUUGGUACCCACAUUUCUGGAGGCUACAAUUCGCCAGUUUGGAUUUAUGAUGAAAGGUCUGGCUGAAGUGGAGAAAGAAUGCAGGGAUUUGAACAUCCCUUUUCAUCUUCUUUUAAGAGUGGCAAGUACCUCAGUUCCCAAUUUUGUGAAAGAGAACAAUAUCGGUGGGAUUGUCACAGACUUCUCUCCUCUGCGAACUCCCCUGAAGUGGUUAGAUGAUCUCAAGAAGGCCCUACCAAAAGAUGUCCCUCUCUGUCAGGUGGAUGCCCACAAUUUAGUGCCUUGCUGGGUGGCUUCCCCUAAACUGGAAUACGCAGCUCGAACAAUCCGUACCAAGAUCCACAAUCAGCUGGAAGGAUUUCUCACAGAUUUUCCUCCUCUUGUGCAGCAUCCGCAUCCUCCAGACAAGAUGCCUUCAGUAACAGAUUGGAAGGCAGCCGAUGAAUUUCUAAAAGUGGAUCGAACAGUACAGGAAGUCAGUUGGGCCAAGCCAGGCUCGAUACACGGCUUAAGGAUGCUGGAAGACUUUUGUGAAAACCGGUUGAAGAAUUUCGCUACCCACAGGAACGACCCCAACAAAAAGGCCCUCAGCAACCUAUCACCGUGGUUACAUUUUGGUCAGAUUUCUGCUCAGAGAUGUAUCCUGACUGUCAAGCAGUACCAGGGCAGGCAUAAAGAUAGUGUGAAUGCGUUUAUUGAGGAGACUGUCAUCAGAAGGGAGCUCGCUGACAACUUCUGCUUCUAUAAUGAAAAUUAUGACUCUAUUAAAGGAACUUACGACUGGGCUCAGAAGACUUUGGAAGCUCACAGAGGGGACAAGAGGCAGUACUUGUACAGUCGGAAAGAUCUGGAGCUGGCAAAGACCCAUGAUAAUUUGUGGAAUGCAGCGCAGAUCCAGAUGGUGACGGAGGGUAAAAUGCACGGCUUCCUUCGAAUGUACUGGGCCAAGAAAAUUCUGGAGUGGACGAAAUCUCCAGAGGAAGCAUUGGUGGAAGCCAUCUACCUGAAUGACCGGUACAACCUUGAUGGAAGGGACCCUAAUGGUUUUGUUGGUUGCAUGUGGUCAGUAUGUGGAGUCCACGACCAAGGAUGGAUGGAGAGACCAGUGUUUGGGAAAAUCCGAUACAUGAAUUACGAAGGAUGCAAGCGCAAGUUUGAUGUCAUAGCUUUCUGUACACGGUACCGGAAACUCAAAGCAUAG